UGCUAUUUUGGUUACAUUGCGCUCGGACGCAAGGAUUUGAUUUACUUGUUUUAUUUACACGUUCUGCAUGAUUCAGAAAAUGAGUUAUUUAUUCUUCUUAUUUUUGUCUGGUUGGAUAUAAUUUCCUGUUUUCCAAUGUAUUAGCUACUCAUUCUCAUGCCUACUCCACAUUUAUCAAGAGCAACAUCAGGACCGUCUUCUGGCUAUGCCGUAGGUGAUGAGAUUUGUGAUACUUCAUGUCCAAUUGAUUGGGAUACAAAUGUAGUAAAUUUCAUAUCAACUUGCUUGCAUCCUGGUCUAGUUCGACGAACUUCAUCUAGUGCAACGUAUGGCUUUGAUAAACCGAAUCAUUUUAGACGUCAGCAUCGCCGAAAUCUAUCUACAGCUACAACAGUUGGAUCCGGUCGUUAUCCUGAUAAUCAAAUUACAAGUGGUCGAGUUCCAUAUGCUAAUGUUUUCAAUCAUCCAAAUGAUUAUCAAGCCCCUCCACCAUAUUAUUCUAAACGUAUUUUAGGCCAUGCUCGCAAUAUCAGCGAUCCUACAUCUGGUUGGGAUUUCCGUAUUGUCACAAAACCUCUUAUUCUUGACCAGUUAACUGAAAGACCAUCUUAUAAUUGGGAUGGUUCUGCCGAACAAAAUCUUGUGGUGUCAGGUGAAUAUAAGAUUCCGGAUACUUCAUUCAUUCCUGAAAAUAAAGCCGAAGCUUAUCCUUGUCUAACACCUCCACGUUCAUCUAAUGAUAUUACAUUAGAAAAUUCGUUUAUAUGUGCGCGUGAUGCAGAAACUCAUGGGACAACUACAACUGCAAAAGAUGAUACUUCUUGUUUAUGCCCUUGUCUACAAACCUGUGCUAAUCCACGUGUUGUAUUAAUCGGAUUAUGUUUAACUAUGUUUAUGCAAACUAUGGUUGUAUCUGGUCUGAUGAGUAGUAUGUUUACUACAUUGGAAAGAAGAUUUAAUUUAACUAGUCGACAAAUUGGCUCUAUGAUAAGUUGUUAUGAAGUAGCCGGUGUCAUAACCACAGUGAUUGUUAGCUUUAUUAGCGGUCAGAAACAUAAUCGAUUACGUGUUAUUGGUUUGGCGACAUUGAUUCUGGCUCUUGGAUUUGGAUUAUUUGCAUUGCCUCACUUUAUAGCUGGUCCCUACAGACCAAACUUACCAACUACUCCUGAUGGUAAUACUGCUACUAGUAUUAGUACUGAAGAUAUCAUCCAUUCCUCUCUGUCGUCUUUUCCUCUUAAUCAAGACUUAGAAAAUUCAAUUCAGUUGGAUGGACCACUAUGUGUCGAUCAAUCGCGCAAUACCUUUCCUAAGAAUGUUAUUUCCAAUUCACUUAAUAAUCAAACAAGUGUCGGUGACACAAGUAUUCGUGCUGCCCCACUCACUGCUGCUGAUAAUGUUAAUAGUAAUGAUAUUAAUGAAUCAUCAAGCACAGGAUUUAUGGGAAGUAGUGACAUUGUUCAGUCUGUUCUCUUUCCAACUUUUUGUUUUGCAAUGCUGCUAGCCGGGAUCGGGGCUAGUCCUUUGUAUGUCUUAGCUCCAACUUACUUAUGGGAUAACUUAACAGAUAGACAAUAUCCAAUAUAUGCAGCUUUAUUCUACAGCGCUGGUGGAUUAGGUCCUGCUUGUGGAUUUCUUGCUGGUGCUGGUUUCUUAAGUAUUUACAUUGAUUCACCAUUUAUGUUGCCUGAAACUGGCUUAGACCGUAAUAGUCCAUUAUGGCUUGGUGCUUGGUGGCUUGGUAUGCUUGUCUGCGCUGCAUUAACUUUCUUUGUAGCAUUACCUGUGAUAUGUUUUCCUAAACAACUUGCAGUUAUUAAAAAAAGUGAUAGCAAUACAAUUCCAAACGAUGAAACCGAAGAUCUGGAUAAAAUCUGUUCCCCUACAAUCCAAUCUAAUAAUCAUAAUAUUUCCAAUCUUAAUACAAAUAACAAUAAAGUGAAUUUAUCUUACGUAAAAUCGUCCGAUAAUUUGCCUAAUAUAAACAAACAAUUUGGACAACCAUCACUAACCACAACCACAACAGCCGUUUCAGCUGCUGCUGUUGCAGGUGUUGAAACAUUAACAUCAAAUCAUUUGCUCAAUACACUAUCACCGGAUAGUCGCAAUGUUCAGUAUCCAAGUCUAGAAGAAUUUAAACAACAGCAGCGAUUGCCUGAAAUGAAGCGAAAUCAUGCUGAUUCACUUAAGACAUCUCCAUAUUCUCCCACUACCAUUACUCCUAAUUCUCUUUAUGCACAGUCUCCAUCUAUCAAGGAUGCUGUAAUUAGUGGUGAUGGGACAAUUGUUAGCCCUUCAAAUCAACACUUUCGUUCACAUUCAAAUAUUGGCGGUGGUCAUCUUGACUCUCUUGACGGUAAUACUGUCGAAGUUGUUAAUAAUGGUAUUGCUGGUUGUGGAGAUCAAUCUGACAAUUUGGGAAAAUUCAUGAAAACAUCCUUGAAUAAUUCAUUUAGUGAAAACCAAGCUAAUCUUAAGUCAAAAAUAAAAGCUUCAUAUCAUAUCGUACGUCGUGUACUAACUAAUCCUGUCUGGUUAGGUGUAACAUUGAGUACUGUUGUGGAACAAUCGAUUGUUGCUGCGUUUUUAGCAUUUGCUGCAAAAUACAUUCAAAUUUUAUUUCAUAUACCAGCUUAUUUGGCUAGUAUUCAUACUGGUGCUGUAAUAGUUCCAAGUUCAUUAUUAGGUGUUCUGUCUGGUGCUUUACUAAUGCGUCAUUUUCGACCUACAUUACAUCGUACCUUAUCUGGUUUAUGUAUUAUGAUUUCAUUGACUGUUAUAACGAGUAUUAGUCUAAUGUCAAUUGGUUGUCAAUCUAGUCGAGUAGCAGGUAUAACAGCUACAUAUAACGGAGAAAAGUAAGUCAAAAUUUGUUUCUUUUUGUGCCAUGUAUGUAUCUGUGUAUCCAUAAAAUUCUCAAUAUACUACUGUUUCCAUGAAAGUUCUGUCUUCUCUUCCAUUUCUGUAUCGUUAAAUGUUACUUUUUUUCUAUAAACAUAUCAUUUAAUAACUUGUUGUCAUUUAGUUUCAGUCCUUAAUGCUAACUCUUCAUUACUAACUCUUCAUCACACUUAUUGAGCACUGAAAACGUUGACUAUAACUAUAAUUGUUAAGAAAAUUUUAGUAUUUCAACUCCAUAACUGCUAUAUUACUUCACAAAUAUUGUUAUCAUAGCAUCAAUUGCCUCAAUGUGUUAACAAUAAAGUUUAUUAUCAGUAUAGGGUUGUGGAGACUGUUGGAUUUUCAUUGAAUUAAUUAAUCGAUCAAUGUUAGACCACCGUUGAAAACCUGGAAGCACUGGACAGCCGUUUUGUCCCAGUAUGGGAUCCAUCAACAGUGCUCAUCCACGAUCUCCCACGCAGGAUUCGAACCCACGAUCUUCGGUCUCGUGCGCGAACACUUCUAGUUCAUUGUUGUUUACAUAGUUACAAAUGAAUUUUUUUAACAAUUAUAUUCAAAUGUUUUUGAGUUGGUAGAAAUUGAUUUCCGUUUUUUUGACAUAACAAUCAUUUCUCAUUAAUUCAGUGAAUUUAAAGGUUUAACUGUCAUUUACACAUACAUUGUAUGGGAUAGUGAAAUACUAGAAUAAUUCAUUAGAAAGAAAAAUCUGCUGACCGAUCACUAUGAGACAACAUGAAUGACAUGAUAUUUGUACGGGUGUGUGCGUAGUAUGAUACGUGAUGUGUUGAAUUUUUUAGGUCAGCUGAAAUAAAACACUAUGUAUCAUUGAUUUAUGUUUGUUGUCGGUCUAUUCAUAUCAAUGAACCCUUUGUAAAAAUCUUUAUUUAUUCAUAAACUGCAAUCAUUUAUUAUUGAUUCCGUUGACAUCAUAAUGUAAUUUCUACCUUGGUGUGGUUGUGAUCAACUUUACCUUUCGAGCUGUAUUUUUUGGUACACUCGUUCUUGAAUAUACUAUUCAGCAAUCUGCUCUAUUUUCAUUUAUUCUUAUAAAAUAUAGCCUUUUCUACUCAAAUCAUCUUCAUAUUAUCACUAAUAAUAUACCAAUUCUAUAAUAUUGACCUUAAUUUCAUUUUGCUAUGCUGAUGUAGUGUUGAAUUGGACUAAUAUAAACUUGAGCCAAGUUCCGACGUUAUUUUUGACUGAUUGAAUUCAGUUGGUGAUAGAGAUUUGGAGAAAAAAUUCAAUCUUAAUUAGUCAGAAUUUGGCUCUAUGAAGGUAGAAUCUUUAAUCGACACCCUAGAAAUUUCAUAAAUAACUAUGCGUUUUCUCUGUAUUUCAUUUUGUUGGAUUGUUAAUAAAACUCUUGAAUUCUUUUGUCUUCUCAAUAGUUAGGAGUCAGGACGAAGAGUUUAUAGGAUCUUAGCACAGAUUUGGUUAAUAUAUAUUCAGGUUGCACACAAUUAUUUAUUUAAACACAUAAACACUGGUACUAAAAUAAGUCAAAACAUAUACUCGCCACACAAUAAAAAUGAGAUUUUGGAAAGAUAAAGGUAGGUGAGUAAAAUAAAAGAGAGACAAUAAAUUGAAUGAAAAUAAGUGUAUGGGAGCGAAAUAAUAAUAAUGGGAGAAGCAGUUCAGUUAAGAAAGGAUUCUUUCGGUUAAAAAGAUCCUUUCAUUUACAUAACGAAAGUAAAACAAAGUUAUAGCAGGAUCUUCACUGGCUUCUAUAUUCUGAGUUAUGUCUAUUAACGUCUCAAACUCAUCUGUUGCACUACCUUUUAGAUUCCAACUAGGGAAUAGUUAAGGACCUACAGAUACCAGUCCUGUGUAUAGUUCUUUAAUACCAUGACACUAUGCCAUACGCUGACCACCUCUGUGCUUUUUCCAAUCAGUCCAAACGUCACCAAAUAAUGCGCGAUAUGGAAUGGUGACAUUGAGCAACCCUGCCUAACCCCAUUGCUUGAAUGAAACAGUGGAGAGAGGUGGUUGUACGCCUUUAUUCUGCCUGAGGUGUUAGUAUGUAUAGCUUUCAAAGUUUUAACAUUUCUUCACACUGGUUUAUAAUUAGAAUUAAGUAGUCUAAAUAAUAAUCUUAUUUUAUAUCACAGUUACUCAACAUUUAUGUAUUUUUCUUGGCAGACAUUUUAUGCUUCCAGAAGUAGAAAAAAAAAUCAUAUUUACAUUGUGCUGUGUUAUUUUUAACUUUUUACAAAAAUCCUUUUAGUACAAGGGUUCACUGCAGACUGUUGAAUUUUCAUAGUUCACAUCAUGAACUGAUCUUAGCUAGACCAUCAUUGGUAACCAUAAUUCACUUUACGGCGUGAUGAAUCGAUCGAAGUUUGAUAUGUGCUCACCAUUAGAUUUACAUACAAGUGAGAUUGGAGAUCCUUGAUUCUAUUCCCUGUGUUGGUAAUUCACUCAAUAAAUUGUAACCAUUUCUUCCUCUUUUUUCUUGGGUUAUAAGUAUUAAUUCUGCUCUGUAGAUCUUAAUUAUCUAAGAAGAAGGAAAAAAUUAAUUUCUUCGUGUUUUUCAUUCCCUUUUAUACAUUAAAUUAAGAAGGAGGUCAAUUUGACAUGUUGAACAUUGGAUAUUAUAUCCUAUAGAGAUUAACGCUUGUUUUUAUUUGAUGAAGUUUAAUCAGAUGAAAUGGAAUUUAACCGCAUAUAUAUACACACAUAUAUAUACAAAAAUGAUAUUUCUCUAUGUAACAGCUCUAUAUCACAUUGACUGACCUUAAAAUGACAUUUCUUCUAAUAGAUAUAGCUUCUAAUAGCUUGUUCAAAAUGAUAUCUUUCAUUUUAAUUUACUAACCCUCUUGUUUUAACGGAAGAUUAAAUUAUAUCCUACUGUUUUAUUAGUUUAAAGCUUAAUCUUUUCUCUGAAUAGUUAAUUCAUAUAUUUGAUUGAAGUGUUAAUGGAUAGGUUUUCUUUUGGUCAUUAUUUUGGAACGGUUAGUUAUUAGUGUUGUGGUGUGGGCUACUUAUAUCCACACGAGUAGUAUGUUACGGUAGUCAGGUAUAGAAGGUCGAUGUGGAAAGGACGGGAUCGGAACGCAAUUGGUAUGAAAACGCAUGAACAAUGAAAUCUGAUACAAUAGAUUGAACAGUCAAGUUUGAUAUGAUAGAUUGACAUUUUGCAAAUUAACGAUUUACUAUAUGGUUCUCGGAUUUUAUUGAGAUGCUCUGUAAUUUUGUGCUCAAACACAUUCGAUUGUCCCCACUGGUGUUCUUGUUCACUACAGUAUGACCUAUUCAAAUUGUGAUCAGUCGCUGAUUCGAGUUCCAUUUCAUCUAGUUUAGCAAUCAGCUAUUGCCACUGGCCGUCAUACACAAUGUGGCUCAUAGCCAACAGUAUGAAUUUACACAUGAUGUUAUUAUUAGUUACAACGAUAAUAUAUCUCUAUUCAAUACUAGGAUUUAUACACACAUAUGUUUAUGCUCCCUUUGAGCAUGAUUUUCAUUGUGGAACUGAGAUGGUUGGGCCACGUGUUACGUAUGCCGGAACACCGAUUACCACGACGUGCAAUGCUAACCGGUGCUGGAGAUGGUUGGAAGAAAGUUAGGGGCGGCCAAACAAAAACGUGGCAUCAGUGCUUGAAGUCACUAACUUCUAGUCUGAGCCAUGUUGGUAGGUACAGACUACUUGGUUGGGGUCCGCGUGACUAUCGUAACCAAUGGUUGGAGACUCUUGGUGAUAUGGCUCAGAAUCGAUCACAAUGGCGUCUGUGUAUACACUCUCUAUCUUCCCUUAAACUAAGAGAUUAAAAUCGCUUCAUACCUUUCUUUCUACGAACUAAUUCUUUCUUCCUAUACUAUAUCCUUACUGCAGUCUUUCUUUUAUAUAUUACCACCUCUGAAUUAACUACUUUUAUGAAUCCGGUGUCCAUCUUGUGUUAAUGAGGUAUGGUAACUUGGACCGGUGCAUAUAUGUGUCUGGUCCUACGUUGUAGCUGACUGACUGACUGAAUACAACAAUGUCCAUAAUUCAAUUCAUCACCUAAACCGGACAACAAUUAUCUAAUUAAAGUAAGUUCGUGGUGUAAACUAUUAAUUGAAUAAUUUUUACAUAUAUCUAAAGUGUAUAAUAUUAUUUUAUAAUUUUAUUCUUGUUAUUGUUUAGUUGGCCUUGGAAAAAUGGUCCAGGUUUUUUAAUACCAUCAAAUUUAACAGCACCAUGUAAUCAAUUUUGUUAUUCAUCUAAUAAUCGAAUAAAAAAAUUUGAUAAUCGUCAUUAUACACAUUACAUUGAAUCACAAUGUUCAGUAAAUCAUUAUAAUCCAGUGUGUUGGACCGCUACCUCUUCUUCUUCUUCUUCCACUACUACUACUAGUAGUAGUGAUAGUAGUAUCAAAAAGAAGACAAAUAAUCAAAUAACUUGUACUAGUAGUGGUAUUAUUAAUGGUGAUAAUAAUCUUGGUAGUCCAAAUGAUAAUAUUGAUGACUGUGAUAGGAAAUCAUUGACAUUUUUCAAUCCUUGUUUUGCUGGAUGCAGAACACGUGUUUUAGAAGCUGGAGUUGUAAAGGUAGGUGUUGUGUUUUUUGUGUAUUCUUUCUAUGUAUUGAUCUUCCGUGUUGUAUAAUUUUUAUGGAUCUAAAUGGAUCAUUUCUCCGUAUGUUAAAUAAUUUAUAUUUCACAAUCGUUUCGUUUUAGUUCUUGAUAUUCUACAGUCUUGAUGUCAGUAGAUAGAAAUUGAAGUAAUUUAUAUUUUAUUUAUGUAAUGAUUGAAUGAUUAAAUGAAGUCGGUUUCAAUUUGAAAAUAAAUUAUAUCUUCCAUUUGUUGACAUUAUAAACUUCAAUUGAUUAGUCUCUUUUGAAAUCUAUGCAUCCUGAUGGCAAACAGACUCGAUAUUGCCAUUAAGUAAAAAGUAAUUUUAGACAGUAGUAGCUCUCAUUACGAUCCAGAAACAAUAUACAAAACUUUACAAAUUAAAUUUGUAUUCGUUGGACAGGUUAGUGGCUAUUUAGACUUUGUAGCUCAGUGAAUAACACUACGGGCAUUUGAUGUUAGAGUAAUGAAUUUAAAUCCGAUUAUGAGCAGCAACAUGAGAACCCACUUAUGUCCAGCUGAUGAGUCUCAAAUAAAACGAAACACCAGUCGUGAAUUUCACUGUUGGCCACCAACCAACUUUACUAGAAGUUUGUUUCACUUGGCCACUUUUUGGCUUGAUCUUGUAUAAAUGUUAUUUCCUAUUUUAUGGUGUGAUGCGGUCUGUUUGUCUGGUAUAUAAACCAAGUAUGUUUGAAAUAAAUGAUUCGCAUAGUGGAAGCUGUUAUUGGUGUUCUGGAUUCAACUAGACGGGCUAGGCGAACAAAAGAACAAUAAGGACGCUCGGCUGCUCAUACCAGUCGAACGACAUAGGUUUGGCACAAUACUAAGAUUGAAUAAAUUCACCGUAAAGAGAACUCUUCACUUUACCAGUCUUUCUUAUUUCGAUAUUCCACAGCAUUUUAUGAUUGAUAAAAGUGCUUGUAUUUUCCUGCUGUUAAUGUACUGGACUAGAUUUUAACUAGUUUUUGUUGAUAUUUGCACUCAUUAAGCGGAUAUUUAGAUAUUAGAUGUAUUUAUGAGUUUGACAAUGUUUUUGAAUGAUAACUAGUAAUAUAAUCUGAGAAAUGUUUCAUCCUACUAAGAAUUCAUCGACUAGAUUUACCUAAAGCAAUAAACAAUGGUUUCCAGUUCCAGUUUGAACUUCAAUAUUGCUACACUAAUAUAUACUGCUGAUCUGCCUGGAAUUUAGGUUAAGGCCUAACAAUUAAUAAUUCGUAUCAAUUGCAUAAAUUCUCUGCUCUGUUCUACAUUAAACUUGUAUGAUUUCCAGUUAGUGUACACAAAUAGUGUAAAGCACAGUAGGCCGGAGGAAUGUAUAUUUAUUGUGAGAAGUUACGAACUAAUUACAUAAUACAUAUACAUAGCCUUUAGUCUUCCAUUUAAACCUUUCGGUGUGCUCUGCAGUCUGAAUCGUAUUCUCGUCUGAUCUCCAACUCCGUGUUUUCAAUAUUCUGAAACUCUUCACACUGUCUGACAAUUGCUGCAACUCCAACGCCAUAUUCCUCUACACACUACUUAAAAACAAUCUUGUAAGUAGCGUCCACUAUACUAGCAUAUUAACGAUUUUAGAGUCAUUCAGAUAGAACCAUUUUAGAAUUAUUUAUAAUUCUCAUUAUGUGAAGCAUGAAGCGUAUCGUCUAUAUUGUAUAAUUACAGUCGGUUAGAUCAUUUAUUUUGAUUGAUCGAAAUAAUCAUUAUGUAUAACAGUAAUUACUAAUUGUUUUAAUGUUGUUUAUUAGUUCUCUGUUUAUUUACCUAUUUAACUGUGCGUAGCUUCCUUCAUUCCUUAAUUAAUACCGUAAAUCUAUUAUUCAAUAAUGAAUACUUCCUAUUUGUAAUUGGUUUAGGAUACAUAAUUUGAGAAAUUCUGUUUCUUGAUUUAUGUAACAUUAAGUCAAUAUACACAUUGUCUUGUACACUACAUCAGUCAGCCAUAAACAAUGUAGAACUCCAAAGACAUAUUCAUUUGUUCAAGUUAUCAUACUACACCAAAUGAUCAAAAUAUCAAGUCAAAUUUCAGAGUAAUAGAAUCAGUAACAGUAUCACUAGUAGUGGAAAAGUUUUUAUGUAUAUUAUGAUCAGAGAAGAAAGGAUAAAUUCGCAGAAUUAAAGGUAUAUGAUAAUUUUAAAACUCAUGAUCUAAGUGAAUUGCUCUACACACCAUUGGGGUUUUUAUACUGAGCCAGUGUUACCUAGCAACUCCAACUAUAGAUUUGAGAUCAUCUCGCUGACUCUGAUCAAGUAAUCUGCGUUUAUCAACACGAACCAUUUCAGUAGCUACUUACAACAUGGACUGAUACUUUGUCUUGGUUUGACAACGUCUAACUUUCUUCUAAUCUAUUCUUAUGGAAAUAUAUUGACUUGUACAAUGUUAAUCAUUGUAAAUCUCUUCCUCAGUGUAUAACUUUCAUUCAGUUUCAUUUUUAAAACACAAGAAAUAUUCUUCUCUUUUUUCAACUAGAAAUAUUCUGAUUGUCAAUGUGUAACCCCAUCUACACUUAAUCCAUCUGGUUUGAUCUCAUCAAUACCAAUGUCAUUAUCAUCGUCGAUGAGAAUAAAUAAUGAAUUCUUAUUAGCAAAUAAUUCUGGUGAAGUUUAUCCUGGUCGAUGUAAACCUAAGUGUACUUUGUAUGGUUUAUUUCUAGCUAUGUUAUUCUUACAUAUUCUUUGUACUGGUAUGUUACAAAAUCCAAGUAAUGUAAUCACAUUGAGGUGAGUGGAUUAAUGAUGAUGACUACUGAAUAUUGUUUUUUGUUAGAAUUUCUGAUAAAUGAAUUAACACUUCCUUCAAUAUUACUUUGUUUUGUGAUUACUGUUCUUGAAAGAUUUCAUCUAAGCCUUGAUGAUAUGUAAAGCGGAUGCCUAAAUGUUUUGAUCAUUACUAGUGUUAGCCUCUUACACUCAAAAUGUGAUUGAAUUACAAGUACACAUCGAGUAACCGAUAUUUGUUUGAAGAAUUUUAGCUUAAAUAACAUUGAACUACUGUUUCGUGUUUAGAUUGUUUUGAAGUUUAUCAGAAGUAUUCUUCCAUGAUUUGUUAUUGAUCUCCUGACAAGUAAAUUACCAGGUUAAAAUAUUCAUUUGUAUUGCACGCAAUAUAAUACCAAAUGGCCUGGUACGGCCGAGAGUGGGGAGAUUCCGCUCUCUUUUUCUCUUUCUUUCUUUCUUUUUUUCUCUCUCUCUCUCUCGAAAUGUUCAAAAGUUACUAGCAUUGUAAUUGAUUACUGAUUAUUAAUCAGUAGCAUAAUUAAUAAAGAGGAAGUCCCAAACGAACCUAACACUCAGACAAUUUGGAACGAAAUGAUGUUCUUUUCUUAAUUAAUUGAUGAACGCUAAUUUCUUAUUUGACAUUUGAAUAUCAAGAGUUAAUGCCAAUGGUGGAGAAGAUUUGUAGCUCAGGUAAAUGAUUUUGGUCUUUUGUUCCCCAGCUCAGAGAAAUUAGAUAUGUCCUGAGAAGAGAAAUAAACUGUGUAAAUGUUUCUUUUUAUACGAAGAAUUAAUGAAUUGUUAUAGCUUCCACUACACACAAGAGCAAAUAUAUAAGUCAAAUUAUAUGGGAUUCAAUGUAUAUAUCUUUAUGUGUUACAUUUAUAUCAAUCUGUCGGCUCGCAUCAGUAAUUAUUCAUAGAUAGAACUUGUUUCUGUGUUUUACUUGUCCUCAAUCAUAAAAGGUAAUGUUCCUAGGUAAACGACAAUAGAUUCGCCUCGUUUGUAUGCCAACUGCAUUUCUAUCACUGACCUACUUUCAAGUUGUCUAAGAAUUGAGAAAUAAUAACAGUUGAAUUCAUGAGUCAAUUGAAGCCAUACUACCAUGGAAAACCUGGAAGCACAGAUUUUCCAUGGUGGUCUGGCUUCAAUUGACUCAUGAAUUCAACUACCAAAAUUACUAUAAUAUCCACAAAAUCCCUUUCUGAUUAAGAAAUAUGUUUUAAACAUUCAAUCAUAUAUAACUCAGCUCAGCAGAAGUUCUAACUUGUAUAGGAUCUCUUUUCGUACACUACUGGAUAAAGUUGAUGUACUUCUUUGAAAUUUUUUUAAAAUGAUAGGCAGUGUUUAUGUUGCUUCCUCUUCACAUACAAUUGCUUGUAAAUGUGUUACCUACAAUCGAUACUAUUUGAUUUCAAUAAACCGAACUAUGUGUUCUUCAUCUAUUGAUGACCUCACUUCAUCGAUUUUCAUCAGUUCUAAGUAUGAUAUAACCAUUUAACUUCAAUGGUAAGAUUUCUACAUAUACAGUUCUAUUUUAUUAGUUAUAAAUGACAUAGAACCUGGCGGAUAUGUGUGUUGACUCAAGCUUCCAUACCUUGAUAUCAUGAUGAGAUAAAGAUGAACACUAAUAUAAUCUGUAUCAUCAAGUAGUAAUAAUGAUGAGAAAGAUUAAUCAUAACAAACAUCGUCCGAAAAGACUAAAUAAAAAGAAGAUAUGUAAAGGGGAAUACUGGAGCUGAAAAUCUUCAUUAAAAUAAACAGUGAAUACAUCUGUGCCAUAUCAUUCAAUGCCUUUAACCACUAAUUGUAAUUAUCACAAUUACCUCAAAUCAAUAUCAUUUGUACUUAUCCAACAUGGCUAUGAUUAAUUCUUUUGGAAAUAUCCUUUUUUCUUCUUUCAAAUGAAUACCAUUAUUCAUUCAUAUCUUAUAAAAAUAAAUUAAUAAAGAUAUAAUUUGUAAAUUGUCUUUACAGUUGUGUCUCAUCAGAAGAUAGUUCUGUUGCACUUGGAUUACAAAUAUUCUUUGUCAGAACAUUAGCAUAUAUUCCGGCACCGAUGUAUUUCGGCCAACUAUUCGAUUUAGCUUGUCAAUAUCGUUCAAAUCCUAUAGAUCACUAUUCAUCCAGUCCAAUAAAUAAUAAUGAAUCGUUAUUAAUGAAUACAAAUGUAUUAUCAUCAUUAUCAAACUCAUCCAUAUUCUCAUCGUCUUCGUCUUUUCCACCACUACCAUCAUCAUCUCCACUGUCAUCAAUCUACUCGUCGUCUUCUACAACCACUGCUACUACAAUGUCUUUAGAUCAAAAGUAUUCUACAACAGCUGGUGGAUGUUUAGAGUAUAAUUUAGAAGGUUUACCAUUUAUUUGGCUUGGUACUGUAUGUGUAUUAAAAAUAAUUAGUUUGAUUGGAUCCACAAUUACUUGGUGGUUAGCUAA